AUGAGUAAAGGAAUUCAACUUAAUUUUGAAUACAUUGGGUCUCACAUCGAAGAUUACCUUGAUGACAAUAAGCUGUUUACAACAUUCGAAGUCGAGGACAUCAAUCAGAUCAUGAGGUUCGCAACUUUGCCAACAAAUGACUACAUUAAUAUGCUGAAACAAGCUCAUUCUACAGUCAAUGCAAACAGACUAUAUUUUUCCACUCGAAAUGCAAAUGUUACGACGCAAAACCUUGGAGAUGUCAUUGAACUUCUUAAAUCAGUUGGAGAAUUCAUGAAAAUGAGAAUACUUGAUGGAGCUAUUGACCUUUUAAUACAAUUAGAAAAAAGAUUGCAUACUUCAGCUAAGCAAAUCCAAAAUUCUAAUCUGAAAUCAAUUAAAGAAAACAAUGAAAUAGAAAUUCUAUCAAAAAUUCACGAACUUAGGCAAUCUGAUGAUAUUAAAUGCAUCUACAAUCUCUUUGAAGAGCUAUCAUCUCAAGGAAAUCAAAAAAUGAUUUCAAAAGCUCGCAUAAGAGGACUUUCGGAAAGGGUACCUUUUAAAAAAACAGUGCUUGGAAAUGAAAGAAAUAUACUUCAUAUAGCAUGCAAAAAAGGAAAUCUCAACCUUGUUAAAUCACUCAUAGAAAAUGGUUGUCAUGUAGAUACAGAGGAUGAUCAUAAAUGUUGUCCACUAAUCUAUGCGUCAAUAGGAGGCCAUCUUGAAGUUGUUCAAUAUCUUAUCUCUAAAGAAGCUGAUAUAGAAGCAAAGAAUAAAGAUGGAAAUACUCCACUCAUUUGUGCAUCAUAUUUUGGUCAUCUUGAAGUUGUUCAAUAUCUUAUCUCAGUUGGAGCUGAUAAAGAUGCAAAGAAUAAUGAUGAAGAAACUUCACUCAUUAAAGCAUCAAUAGGAGGCCAUCUUGAAGUUGUUAAAUAUCUCCUUUCUAUUGGUGCUGAUAUAGAAACAAAGGCUAAAAAUGAAGAAACUCCACUCAUUUGUGCAUCAGAAGGAGGUCAUCUUCAAGUUGUUAAAUAUCUUAUUUCUGUUGGAGUUGAUAAAGAAGCAAAAGAUAUAUAUGGAUGCACUUCACUCAUUAAUGCAUCAUUUUCUAACCAUCUUGAAGUUGUUAAAUAUCUUAUUUCUGUUGGAGCUGAUAAAGAAGCAAAGACUAAUGAUGAAAAAACUCCACUCAUUUGUGCAUCACAAGAAGGUCAUCUCGAAGUUGUUAAAUAUCUUAUCUCUAUUGGAGCUGAUAAAGAAGCAAAGGAUUAUGAUGGAUUGACUCCAUUCGCACUUGCAUCAGAAUUAGUUCUCCUCGAAGUUGUUAAAUAUCUUAUCUCUAUUGGAGCUGAUAAAGAAGCAAAGGAUUAUGAUGGAUUGACUCCAUUCGCACUUGCAUCAGAAUUAGUUCUCCUCGAAGUUGUUAAAUAUCUUAUCUCUGUUGGAGCUGAUAAAGAAGCAAAGGAUAAUUAUGGAUCUACUCCACUCAUGCGUGCGUCAAAUAAUGGUCAACUUGAAGUCGUUAAAUAUCUUAUCUCUGUUGGAGCUGAUAAAGAAGCAAAGAAUAAUGAUGGAUUUACUCCACUCAUUCAGGCAUCAUGUAGAGGUAAACUUGAAGUUGUUCAAUAUCUUAUCUCUGUUGGAGCUAAUAAACAUGCAAAGGAUAAAAAUGGAUUAACUGCACUCUUUUAUGCAUCACAUUAUGGUAAUCAUGAAGUUGCGAAAUAUCUUACUUCUAUUGGAGUUGAUGAAUAA